GCUCCAAGGGAAAGUGUUGUAACGGCAGGCGCCAGGCGCCAACUCGCACAUGGACGGGAAGCUUGACUCUUCGUCAUCAACUUCCCCGCCAGCCCACUUCACUUUUACUUCUGCAACAACUUCGCGACCACCACCCGAAACCCGGUGAAUCCGCUCGCCUCCCUCGCUGCAGUCCUCCCUCUCGCGCCCGUGAAGCAGCGGCGACUCUAUUUCUAAAGUGCGCCCGCCUCGGAGCGCCUCCAACCUCAUCCAGGCAACACUUGCUCAGACUUCCUCUGCCAGGACUAAACAACCGCCACAAUGAGUACAGGAGCCAAGAAGCGCAUCAUGAGGGAGUACGGGGAGUGCAUGGCGGAUACGCCUCCGGGCAUGAAAAUCAUCUUCAACGAGCAGAACAUGACCAAGUGGGAAGUCCUACUAGACGGCCCGGACCAGUCGGUCUAUGCCGGUGGCCACUUCAAGCUCGAGAUUGCCUUCCCUAACGAGUACCCGUUCAAGCCGCCCGUCGUCAGCUUCAAGACCAAGAUAUACCACCCCAAUGUUAGCAACGACGACAAGGGAUCGAUGUGCCUUGGCCUCCUGCGUCCUGACGAAUGGAAGCCGCCAAACAAGGUUGUUUCGGUCCUCCGCCUCAUCCAGACCCUCAUGAUCGAGCCCAACCCCGACGACGCCAUCGAGCCCUCCAUCGCGAACGAGUUCAAGGAGAACCGCAAGGAGUUCGACAAGAACGCGAAGGACUGGGUCAAGCGGUAUGCAAAGUAAGAGAUAGACAGUUAUAGGGGUGAAUAGUAGGGGUCUUAAGAGGUGGCAUCAUGCAUGGCCGAUAUGCAUUCUGGGCGUUCAGGCGAUAAUUGCAUCGGAAUGGUCUAUCACACGGUGACAAACGCCAUGGCUAGAGCAGGAAGUGCUCGAGGCCUCGGAUGAAUUGAAGACGCGGCAUGUCCGUAGCUGAGCUGCGGUCUCGUACCUUUGUAUGGUAUGUAGAGCGGCCCGAGAAAUAGGAUCACACAUUGCUUCGGACUUCCAAACCGAGAGAUUGGUUGUGGGCACCGAAGACGUCGUCAUAAGCACUGAAUUUUCACUCUGGAUCGCGCGAUAAAAUAAGGCAGUCGAGGAUGCUUGCUUCGGAAGCGAAGGUCUUAUUGUGAGAUACAGUUGCUUUUCCCACUUCAGUUAACGCAGCACCGUUGGCGACCAGAG